UUUUGGCUAUCUGUGCUCUAGUGUGUGAAACGUAAUAUUGCGCAAGGUGUGCAAGUGCAAUUGCAAAGCAGCUGAUAGCAGAAUAGUAUAUAUGAGCUGUCAUCGAUUUUCAACAAAUUUUUUCGAAAGAUAAUCCAAUCUGCAUAAUGAAGACACGAUUUAACACUUAUGACCUUGUAUGUUCAGUUACUGAACUACAAAAACUUAUUGGCAUGCGUGUCAAUCAAAUAUAUGAUAUAGAUCAUCGUACAUAUCUCAUACGCUUUCAACGUAGUGAAGAAAAAUGCAUUCUUUUACUUGAAUCUGGUAAUAGAUUGCACACAACGAAUUUUGAGUGGCCAAAAAAUGUAGCCCCUUCAGGUUUUUCCAUGAAGAUGCGCAAACACCUUAAAAAUAAAAGAUUGGAGAGUCUUACUCAAGUUGGUAUGGAUCGAAUAAUAAAUUUACAAUUUGGAAGUGGCGAGGCUGCAUAUCACAUAAUUUUAGAAGUGUAUGAUCGUGGUAAUAUAAUCCUCACUGAUCAUGAAAUGGUGAUUUUAUAUGUCUUAAGACCUCAUACAGAAGGAGAUAAGAUUAGGUUUGCAGUGAAAGAGAAAUAUCCAUUAGAUAGAGCACAUUUUGCAACAAUGCCACCUAUAGAUACAAUUCACGAGCAUAUUCAGAAAGCUAAAGAAGGAGAUAGUCUUAAAAGAGUGUUGAAUCCAUUAUUAGAAUUUGGCUCAGCUGUGAUUGAUCAUGUUUUACUUAAAGCUGGAUUUACUCUUGGUUGCAAAAUUGGUAAAGAUUUUAAUGUCACUAAAGAUAUGUCAAAAUUAAUUUUAGCACUUGAGGAUGCAGAUAAUAUUAUGGGUCAUGCAAAGAAACAUGUUUCAAAAGGCUACAUUAUUCAAAAAAAAGAAACAAAGCUGACUCAAGAUGGCAAGGAAGAUUUCAUAUUUGCUAAUAUCGAAUUUCAUCCUUUCUUGUUUGAGCAGUAUAAGAAUCAACCGUACAAAGAAUUUGAUUCUUUUGAUGCUGCAGUGGACGAAUAUUUUUCCACAAUGGAAGGACAAAAACUAGAUUUAAAAGCUUUGCAACAGGAAAGAGAAGCUUUGCAAAAAUUAGAAAGAGUAAAGAAAGAUCAUGAUCAGAGAUUGAUUACAUUGGAAAAAACACAGGAAUUAGAUAAGCAAAAGGCAGAAUUGAUUUCAAGAAAUCAAGCUUUAGUGGAUAAUGCUAUAUUAGCUAUACAAAGUGCCUUAGCAAAUCAGAUGUCUUGGCCAGACAUUCAAGUUUUAUUAAAAGAAGCUCAGGUCGUAGGCGAUCCCGUUGCUUCCGCUAUAAAACAAUUAAAACUGGAAACAAAUCAUAUUACUUUGCUCUUACAUGAUCCUUAUGAAGAUAGUGACGAAGAAUCUGAGUUAAAGCCUAUGCUCAUCGAUAUAGAUUUAGCCCAUACAGCAUUUAGUAAUGCUAAAAGAUAUUAUAGUCAAAAGAAGUUAGCUGCUAGAAAGCAACAAAAAACAAUAGAAUCCCAGGGAAAAGCUUUAAAAUCGGCAGAAAAAAAGACAAAGCAAACAUUGAAAGAAGUUCAAACCAUACAUACAAUUAAUAAAUUAAGGAAAACUUAUUGGUUUGAAAAAUUCUAUUGGUUUAUUACAUCUGAAAAUUAUUUAGUGAUUGGAGGAAGAGAUCAGCAGCAAAAUGAAUUGAUAGUGAAAAGAUACCUAAAGGCAGGAGACUUAUAUGUUCACGCAGAUUUAGCUGGUGCGAGCUCUGUCGUAAUAAAAAAUCCCAGUGGCAAUCCUGUACCACCCAAAUCAUUAGCAGAGGCUGGUACAAUGGCUGUUGCAUAUAGUAUAGCCUGGGAUUCUAAAAUAAUAGCUAGUGCAUGGUGGGUGCAUCAUGAUCAAGUAUCGAAGAGUGCACCUACUGGAGAAUAUCUCACUACUGGAUCCUUCAUGAUACGUGGAAAAAAAAAUUAUCUCACACAAAGUCAAUUAAUCAUGGGAUUGGGUAUCAUGUUUCGUCUGGAAGACAGUUCAAUAGAACGACAUAAAGAUGAGAGAAGAGUUAAAACUGUAGAUGAAGAAAGUGAAAAAGAUUUGAUAAUUGAAGAUGACAAGGAAAUAGAAUUAGAAGAUGAUUCGGAUGAAGAUGAAAAUUUAGAAAAUAAAAAUACAUUAAAUCCAAUUCAAGAAGAGGAUUAUUUAACAGAAGAUCAGGAAAAAUCAGAAUCAAAUGCAAAAAACAAUAAUACUAAUAAAGAUUUAUGUCAAGAAGACGAUGAUGAAGACAUACAAUAUAAAUUUCCCGAUACACAAAUUAAAAUUGAUCUUUCAGGUCCAAAGGUAAAACUACAUGUUGAUAACAAUCAACCCUUAAUACAAAUGCAAAAGAAUGCAGAAGAAAAUGUAGUUUAUUUGGGAGAUGAUAAGCCCGUUAUAAUAAAUACAUCAUUUAAAGAGAGACAUACAAAAUCAAAACAAAAAGAACAUUUAAUCGAAGAAACAGAAAAGAUUGAAAAAAGUAAUAAGAAUGAACAUGAUAACAAAAAAAAGGAACAACCUGUUUUUAAACGAGGACAAAAGGGAAAAUUAAAGAAAAUGAAAGAGAAAUACAAAGAUCAAGAUGAAGAAGAUAGACGACUUUCAAUGCUUGUCUUGCAGUCGGCAGGUGCAGCUAAGGAAGACAAAAGAAAAAAUAGAGCCAAAGAUCCAUCAGGUCCAAAACAGGGGAAAAAAAAGACUAAUUCAAAACCCAACGUUUCAUUGCAAUCUCUGCACAUUAUAGAUAACAUUGAUGACGAAGAUACAGGUCCAAUUCCUGAAGUCGACAUGCUUGAUCAAUUGACAGGAAAACCUUUGUCAGAAGAUGAAUUAUUGUUUGCUGUACCUGUAGUUGCGCCUUACAAUACUUUACAAAAUUACAAAUUCAAAGUGAAAUUGACACCUGGUUUAGGAAAAAGAGGUAAAGCUGCCAAAACAGCUGUCGCUGUAUUUCUCAGAGACAAAGAAAUUUCUUCACGCGAAAAGGACUUAUUAAAGGCAAUUAAAGAUGAGACAAUAGCUAGGAAUAUACCUGGAAAAGUGAAAAUAAGCGCCCCUCAGAUUCAAAAAUUAAAAAAAUAAUUAUUUGGCUAAAAAUGCUAAUCUUAAUUUAGAUAAUUUAUAAUUCCCUAUCAUUUGUAGCAUAUAAAAUUUGAGAAUAUUUUUGAAAUCGCAAUUUUUUAAAUAAUAGAUUCUUUGAUAUUUAAUAAAUGUUAACUGAUAAAAAAAUUACAAUAUAGUUAUGAGAUUUGAAAUAAUUUUUUUUUUUUUUUUUUAAGAUCAAAAUGGGUUGACUUGUGGAAGUAUUAUGUAUAGCAAUUAAAUGAAAAGUAUAUUUACUAUUAAUAAUUAUAAAUAUUCAAUUUAAAUAUUCAAAUUUGGAUAUAUUAUAUGUAUAAUAUGUAAAUAUCUUUAAAGUUAAUUUAUAGCUUUAUAGUACUAUCCAUUUUACUAAUAAAAUCAUUUUUUCCUGAAAAUAGAAAUAUUUCUGCAUUUUCUACUUCAAGAUGGCAGAUGGCUCAAUAGACUAAAAUGUUUUUGCAAAUGAUAACUUAUGUGAACACAAAUUAUAUUAUAACUCAGAAAAUUAUCUCAGACCCUAUCAUAUUCCCUUUUUCAAUAUAUAGAAAUAUUAUUCAAAAAUAUGCAUUCAAUAUUUUAUUCUAUCAAAAUAGUAAAUUUUAUAAUUUUUUCAUAACAAAUUUAAUCUAAAUUGUUUUCACACACACACACACACACAUGUUUGAAAGUUAUUCAUACAUAUAUUUACAAAACUUUGGAAUACUCUUACAAAUAGUGCAUCAAUAAUGCUGCAAUUAAUGUCAAAUGCAUAAGAAAGCAUGUAAGAAAAUAUAUAAUGAAAUGCAAGAUACAUAAUUACAGAUAUAUUUUGUAGUACAAAUUUCAAUUCAUUAUAUUAUUGUUUGAUAAAACUAUGUAUCAAAUAUAUCUUCAUCAGAUUGAA